AUGAGUAUGAACGCUGCGGUUUGUGGGAGGACGUUUAACGACGUGGUGCGUCUAAUCGAGAGCUGGGCAAUAGGAAAGGUGGCCUCCUCUUGCAACAACCUUGAGACCACAAGGCUUUUUAUAGACCGUCUCAAUAUGCAGGGUUAUCUUGACAAGCUUCGUUUUGUCCAUGUGGCGGGAACAAAGGGAAAGGGGACAACCGCGGCGUACACCGCGGCGCUCCUGCAGGCGUAUGGGCUUAGGGUUGGCCUUUUCACCUCCCCACACCUUGUGGAUGUCCGGGAGCGCAUUUUGGUGAAUAAUGCCUUUUUGCCCAAGGAUGUAUUCGCGAGGCAAUUUUUCAAAUUGGUUGACCGCAUUGCGGAUCUUUCAAACUCGGAGAGCCAAAUUUCCCGCGAUCUCUCGAAACGCACAAGCUUCUUUCGUUUCCUGUUUUUACUCUCGCUGUACAUCUUCGCUGAGGAGUUGGUGGAUGUGGUGGUUGUGGAGGUGGGCGUGGGGGGCCGCAUCGACGCCACAAAUAUCAUUUCGCCCGAGGUGACUGUCAUAACUUCACUGGGUCUCGAUCACACAGAAGUUUUGGGAAACACCAUAGAGGAAAUUGCCCUUGAAAAGGCCGGUAUUAUGAAGCCCGGUGUUAUUUGCUACACCUCACCGCAGGAGUGGCACCCGUCCACGCUGACUGUGAUGGAGAAACAUGCUCGUGGCCAGCAGACUCCCUUUGUGGUUGUGGACGAGAAGACGCUGCCCAUAUUCAAUUGGCCUCCCCUGGCUAUUGGGGGAAACCACGUCAUUGAGGACUCCAAACUGGCGCUGCUGGCGGCCAGGUAUAUGGCAGGAAUUCCCCCUACCCUGCCUCUGAGUGGCGCUGAACGUCAAGUGUUGCAGACGAUGACUCUUCCAGGCCGUUCGCAGGUGCUGUCGAUCCACGGCGGAACGGGCGCAACGCUUUACCUUGACUGCGCCCACACGUAUGAGAGUUUGACGUGUGCCACCCGCUGGUUUAUGGAGGAAAGCCGUUCCUUAACUGGAGAUGCGAAUCCACGUCGCGUGCUUGUUUUUUACUCCACUCGGGAUGCGACGCAUGUCCUUAAGUCGUUUAUGCCUUUUAUUCACUGUUUUUCCAAGAUGAUUGCCGCAUUUGUGGUGAAUCCACGGAAGGCGACUGGAAACACGGCGGAUGGAAGGUACGAUUAUGCGCGAGGCGAAGUAGCAGCCGUGACGAGUUGCUGGAAAGAGAUGUAUCGUGAGGUUCCAUGUAUUCCCUGUAAAGCCCCGUUUUCCUCGCUGGAAGAACUGAUUGAUGUGGCCGUUCCCGCUGCAACCGAACGCGAGGAUGCCUUGAAACCGGUGCAGGUCUUUGUUACCGGGUCCUUCUUUUUGCUUUCAGACAUCAUGGGGCUGCUCCAGGCCCACGAAUCCAAAUUUCAAACCAAAUUGAAGGAAGAUAGUAAGGAGGACUAG